CUCUCACAUUAUAUGCAAGAAUGGUGACACUGAGAAGUAUACUUAACUUUACAUCUUGGCAAUUUGAAGCAAUGUUUCUGCUGACGAAAGCCCAAACACAGGUACGAUCUCUGUAUGCACGUCGGCUGACGUCAUACAGGUGAGAGAUUAAAAUAGCAGCGAAAUCAAAGUCCGUCUUCUUUCCGGUAAUGCUAUUAGAGGCAAGAGAGAAAAUGUCUGUUUUAUCAUACAGGGCUGAAAUCCAGUCGAGGUCACUCGUGCAUGCAUAAGCUCUGGUGGAACAAACCCAACUGUGAUACCCAGUAAAAGUUACUGUAAUUUGAGAGUGAAAAAUACUUUUUUAUACUGAUUAACUAAGCAUAACUAAAGCACAAUGGCACGUGAAGAGGACUACUAUGCUCUCAUGUCUGGACUGGAGGAGCUUGAUUUAGAAGGGAAAGCAGUGCCCAGUGAUCUUGUGCUAAUCGGUGACCAUGCCUUUCCACUUGCCAUGAAUCCAAGAGGUCAGGUCCUGAUGGCUGCAUCUCGUUAUGGUCAGGUCCUGAUGGCUGCAUCUCGUUAUGGUCAGGGACGUGUGGUGGUGUUGGGACAUGAGGAAUACCUAACACGCUUCCCUGGCCUGGUAGAAAAUUCCCUAAAGUGGCUCAUGCCAUGUAAGAGUGAAGACCGCAUUGUAGGGAUUCAGGAGAAAUUCCGUUCAGUAGCUGACAACUUCGUCUACUCCCAAAUCAAGACAGAGAUUGGAGACUUUCGGAAUGGGUUAGCUAUAUAUGUCUCUGAUGCUUACAGUGUUGAGAUCUGUGCAAAGGAUUUGAUUUCUUUUCUAAAAGCUGGGGGUGGUUUGCUAAUUGCUGGCCAAGCCUGGAGUUGGGCUUAUGCACAUCCACAAGAUAACACUUUGCUAAACUUUCCUGGAAACAAGGUGUGCAGUGUUUCUGGAAUUUACUUCUCGGAACACCCCGGGGAACUGGGCACAUUUCCUGUGCCUAGAAAUAUCCCUUCUUGUUGGCUAGCAGUAUCUAUAGGGAAGGAUUUUAAGUGUGACCUAGAAUUUCUGCUACAAGGUGUGCCUGAGUUUGACAUCCAAGGUGGGGCUUUGCCAUCUGAAGUGAUGGUGCAUGGACCAUUAGCAUUUCCUAUUGGAGUCACCCAAGCUGGAAAAGCAUUCAUUGCUGGUGCCUACUAUGGCCAAGGGCGAGUAAUUGUGGUAACCCAUGAAGGCUACCUGGGCCGUGAAGCUCUGUCCACUUUCUUGGUCAAUGCUAUCCAGUGGCUUGAUGAAGGUCGUAAGGGUGUUGUCGGAGUCCUACCCAGACUUAAAGCAGCCAAGAAUGUACUGAGCAAAUCCGGUCUAGAUUGUCAGUUGACUGGCUUCAGAGAAGAUCUUAGUGUCUAUGUCUGCACAUCCUACAGUGAUGCUCAGUGUGAACAGAUCCAAGAUUUUGUUGCUGAAGGUGGUGGUCUUCUCAUUGGGGGUCAUGCCUGGUAUUGGGCACAGACCCACUGUGGCUCCAAUGUGAUGACCGAAUACCCUGGAAAUCACAUUCUUAAUAAGAUGGGGUUGUGUAUCUUGGGCAACACCUUGCGUGGAGGACUAUACAAAGCACCAGAGGUAGAGCUUAUCUGUAGAGAGGGGUACCACUUUCGCAACAUGCUGCAGCGUUUUGCUGAACAUGUAACCCAGGGGCAGGAACUGACUGCUCAAGAACAGAGCCGCUUGAAGCAACUUGGUAGUGACUGUGCGAGUUACCUCCGCAUGCAGGCUUAUGACUGUGCUGCCUAUACCUCAAUGGUAGCACUUCUUUCUGAAAUGGUGAAAAAGGUAGGUGUUCCGCAGGUGUGUAGUAACUGUCCUGUUGAAAGUGCCAAGGACUAUCUGAUGCUCCAUGUUGGGAACGAAGUCUACAAAGUCUCACCUGACCCUGAUGCCCUCCUGCCCUACAUCAUCAAGGACAGAACCAACCUACCCACUGUGUCCAAUACAAGAGUUCGCAUCAGUGCCGACACUGCAGGUUGUGAAGAAUGGAUAAGCACAGGGUUAUAUCUUUCUCCUGGUAUGAAGACAUACAUUGCACUACCUCCAGAGAUCAUUGGGAAAAAUUGGAAGGUGCAGAUUGGUUGCCAGACAGAUAACAUUAGUGGUGCAAAUGUUCUGAAACGGGCACCUGUGGUUUGUGAGCGCUUCCCCUUGAACACAGAAAUGGUCCAGCUCUGGAAUCUGUGGGGAGGGCUCAUCUACCUAUUAGCGCCUCCCAAUUGCAAAGUGGAAGGGGUAGAAAUUGUCGUGCAGACCGCAGUUCAGGCCCCAUACUUCAAGUCUGGAGAGACCAGUGUUGCUAACUGGGUGGGUGGGAUCCGUCAGGCACCAGCCCCCUGGGCGGAGCUUGAGUUUGAGAACAUCAUCAUCACGUUGGAAUCAGCAGUGAUAAGGAAUCUGGACCGUCCCGAUGAGGUGGCUUCACUUUGGGAUUCCAUAAUGAGAGGCGUAGCUGACCUGGCGGCAAAGCCUGCCAAGUUCCCCCGCAAGGAGCGAUUUGUUGCAGAUGUUCAGAUCUCUUGUGGCUUUAUGCAUUCUGGAUAUCCCAUCAUGAUGCACUCCAGGUCUGCCCCAGAACUAAUGAACCCAGAGGCAGCCCGUAAAAGAGGUCUCUGGGGGCCCAUUCAUGAGUUGGGUCAUAACCAGCAGCGUGGAGUUUGGGAGUUCCCGCCACAUACCACUGAGUGUACCUGCAACCUGUGGUCAGUGUACAUACAUGAGGAAGUGCUGGGUUUGAACAGGGCUAAUGCACAUCCAGCCAUGACCCUAGAAAAGCGUCAGGGUCGUGCUCGAGAUUAUGCCAAAGCUGGCAAAGAUUUAAAAAACUGGAGUGUGUGGACAUCACUGGAGACUUAUAUGCAGCUGCAAGACAAAUUUGGCUGGGAUGCUUUCAAGAAAGUUUUUUCAGCCUACCAUGAUAUGAGUGGAGUGCCAAAUGACAAUGCAGGCAAGAUGAAUCUAUAUGCUGAGACCUUCUCCAAAGUGGUCAACAUGAAUCUGUCCUGCUUCUUCAAAGCUUGGGGUUGGCCCAUCCAGCCUAGCACUGAAGAGAAGAUCUCUCAUCUCCCAGAGUGGAGUGACCAUCCUAUGUGCCAGUAUGCAUAAGAACAUCUGAGAAAACUUUAAAUUAGAAUUAAAAGUUUAAUUAGUAAAUUAAAAAGAAUUACAGUGUGAAUUUUGAUGUAAUUCAGGUGUAAGAUUAACUAUAAAAGUUGAUGCUUGGAAGGUCAAAUAACAUAAACAUAUUAAGCGUUUCUAUUUUAAUUUGUUAAGCUUAUAGAUGGUAAUUGAUUUGUAUAAAAGAGAGGAAUAAAAUGUGAUUUAAAUAUUCAGGAUUAAGACAAAAACACUUUACAAAACCAUUUAUAUUCUUAAACUGUUUUAGUUGUAAGGAUGUCUGUAACAAAUAAGGCUAAAUUAAAGCAGAAAUAAAAAUGUUAUCAUUAUAGACGGAACAUGUCUACAACACUUCAGAAACUCUACAAACUACAUGUUCUACAACAUACUGCAACUGAAAGACAACAUAAAAAAUAUAAUUUAUAUAAUGAAUCCCACAGAUUCGUAAACCGUUCCCUCAAUUUUGCAAUCCGUUCCCACAGAUCCGUAAACAGUACCCAUGAUUUCACAAUUCGUAAUUGGUUUUACAAACUAAAAUAGGCAGAAUUUUAGUGGAUGUCUGAAAUCUUUCAUGAAGUUUAGAAAGUUCAAAAUGGUGUUGUUCAUCAAAUUAACUAUGGAUAUGAUCCUCUAACAUUUGACAAAC